GGCAAAGUAAGAUUUACUCGAUCGAAAAGAGUAAAAGUUACACAAAAUCCUCAUUUAUUUCAUCCUUUUUUAUGUUAUAGAAUGACAAAUUUGGCACGCUUUAUUAUUCUUCUGUUUAUUUCUGUUAUCUAUGUGACCUCAUGCGAUGGACGUCGUUAUCAAUCCUGCUUGCAGAUAAAACGAAGUAUUCCUCGUGCACGCAGUGGUCUUUACUACAUUUACGUGAGAUAUAUUCGUGUCAUAGUAUACUGUGAAAUGAAAUACCAUGGAGGUGGAUACACCUUCAUACCAACACACGCAGUCAAGAGAGGUAGACUACCCACCCUGGUAAAACAAGUUUUCAAAAAUAGAAAAGAUGUUUUGCUUCGCAUUCAAAAGAGAGACGGGUCUCAACCUUUUACUCUUAUUAGUCAACUUUAUGGUAAUAGAAGAAUACCAUUAAAAGUUUUGAUGCACUCUUAUGUUGGUUACACACGUCCUUUAAAUUACUAUUUACGUGAUUAUCUAUUCCUUGGAAUUUUACCAAAAUGGAGAGCGCAAAACCGACGCAUUCAAGGAUUCAGAUCAAAUUAUCGAAACAUCAUCUUCAAAAACUGUGAUGCAAAUCCAAAUUCCUACUUCGCAUUCUUCCCAAACCAUAAAGGAAUUACGCCAAGUCCAUAUCACAAAAGCAACUUGGUUUAUGAAAGGCGUGGAGUUGCAGUUAAUUGGCGCAAGACUGGUUUGAAUUUACGUAGUUAUAGCCGUUUACCAUGCAACUUCUUUUUCCUUACUGAGUUGCACUUUGGGGGCUGUGGAACGUACACAUCCAGUGACCGAUGGACAGAUGCAACUGGUACAGCCAUUGGUCUUCGUUAAUGCAAUCAAACAACAUGGAUUUUCGAAGCUAACAUUUCCUUUAUUUUUUUUGUUAUUAAUUUGACUAUAAAGUAAAUGUAUCAUGCAUAUGUAGUCCGUGUUAUUUCAAUAAAUGUUUUAAUUUUGAACACAUGCAACUGUUGCAUGGUUGAGUUUUA